AUGUUCGUGCUGCUGAGCGGCACAUCACGACCUUAUCCCAGCGUGGGGGCAUGCCCCUGUGCACCAUCCCUUGCCCUGAGCGCAUUCACCUGCGGACCUCACCGCGGUGCCGCAUCUACAUGUGCUACCAACAGCGCCGAAGGAUUCGCCAACCAGCAAGUCAGCUUGACCGGUCCCGAACACGCUGCAGACUCCCUGUCCUCUUGCCAUCCGGCAGCCCUGCCAACCGAGACACAGAGGCAAAGACAGCCAGGAAUGGGCGUGCUGAUCACCCCAAAUUCAGGGUGGGCCUCAGCAUCCAGCAAGAUAGUUGAUCCACGAGCACCCUUCUCUCCGCCUCAUGGCACAGCCCUUGCCGGUCGUGCCUACGGCUUCAAGUUACAAAUGCAGCGAACUCCAGCUUGA